GCGGGUCGACGCGACGCGGAGGUCGACGUGGUCUCGUCCCGUCGAACUUGCGCACCUGAAAACUCGCCGCAGCCCAGCCCAGGCCGAGCCCGAGCCCGCGCCGACUUCAUAGCAGCGCACGGCUGCAUCUACCAGCAUAAUGGGCUUGUCGAGGAGACGGAUGACGGGCUAUGUCUUUGUCGCAGUGUUUUUCCUGCUAAUUCUGACGCUGCGCCGCAAUCUGCGUCUCAAUCCUGCCAGAAGUCCGUUUGCUGAGGCUGAAGCACAUGAUCACGGAAAUGGCAAUGGCAACGGCAACGGCAACGGCAACGGCGCCUCCAACAAGUUCCACUCCCCGUGGGCCAGCUUUCCGCAGCGGUACCCCGUCCGGUCGAUGCGCCCGCUGCCCACCGGCACUCCGCUGGCCCUUCCCCGGAUCCAGAACACCUUCCCCACCGAGACGGCCGACGACCGCAAGAAGCGGCUCGAGCGCAAGGCCGCCGUCAAGCAGGCCUUCAAGCGCUGUUGGUCCUCGUACCGCGAAAAGGCUUGGAUGAGCGAUGAGCUGACGCCGCUGUCCGGCGGCGGCCGCGAGACCUUUGGCGGGUGGGGCGCCACCCUCGUCGAUAGCCUCGAUACCCUGUGGAUCAUGGGCAUGAAGGCCGAGUUCGCCGACGCCGUCGACGCCGCCGCCGCCAACAUCAGCUUCGCCACCACCUCGCGCACAGACGUCAACAUCUUCGAGACCAACAUCCGCUACCUGGGCGGCUUCCUCGCUGCCUACGACCUCAGCGGCGACAAGCGGCUGCUCGCCAAGGCCGUCGAGGUCGGCGACCUCAUCUACGCGGCCUUCGACACCCCCAACCGCAUGCCCCUGACCCGCUGGCGCCUGCACGACGCCGCCCGCGGGACCCCGCAGGAGGCGGGCGAGAACGUGCUGCUGGCCGAACUAGCGUCCUUCUCGCUCGAGUUCGUCCGGCUCUCGCUGCUGACGGGCGACGCCAAGUGGUUCGACGCGGUGCAGCGCAUCACGGAGCCGCUGCACGCGCAGCAGAUGAUGUCGCGGCUGCCGGGCAUGUGGCCUGUCGUGGUCAGCGCCAAGAAGCAGCACUUCAACCAGCACCUCGAGCACACGCUGGGCGCCAUGUCCGACUCGGCCUAUGAGUACCUGCCCAAGACGCACGCCCUGGUCGGCGGCCUGCUGCCCAUGUACCGCGACAUGUACGAGGCCGCCAUGGACACGGCGCUGCGCCACGCCAUCUUCCGCCCCAUGCUGCCCGACCGCGCCGACGUGCUGCUGGCCGGCAUGGCCAUGGCCAACGUGGACAGCGGCGGCCACCGCGCAGCCGUCACCGUCAAGCCCGAGGGCCAGCACCUCGUGUGCUUCGCCGGCGGGAUGCUGGCGCUCGGCGGCCGGCUCGUCGAGAACCAGACCCACGUCGACGCCGGCGCCAAGCUCGCCGACGGCUGCGUGUGGGCGUACCGCGCCAUGCCGCACGGCAUCAUGCCCGAGACGUUCCACAUGCUGCCGUGCCCCUCCUCGCAAGGCUCGGAACACUGCCCGUGGGACGAGGACGCGUGGAAGCGCGCCGUGCUGCAGCGCGCGGGCAUGCGCGCCGAGACGGCGGCCGAGCUGGCCGAAGCCGACGCCGUGGUUGCCGCGGCCCGCCUGCCUAAGGGCUUCACCGCCAUCGGCGACGCGCGCUACAUCCUGCGGCCCGAGGCCAUCGAGAGCGUGUUCGUGCUGUACCGCGUAACGGGGCGGCGCGCGUUGUUGGAUGACGCCUGGGCCAUGUGGCAGGCCAUCGACAAGGCGACGCGCACGGACCUGGCCAACGCGGCUCUUGACGACGUGACGGUCGAUGCGGACACGUCCCCGCCCCAGUCGGACUCGAUGGAGAGCUUCUGGCUCGGCGAGACGCUGAAGUACUUUUAUCUUGUCUUUAGCGAUCCGGGUGUGGUCAGUCUCGACGAGUUCGUUUUCAAUACCGAGGCCCACCCGCUGCGACGGCUGCGGCCGGCAUGAGGGACUGGCGGUGUUGUGGCUGGCGGUGUUGUGGCUAUGAAGUGGUUUUUGUUUCCUUUUUGGAGUCGCUCGCACUGUUUUGGCUAGAUGAGGCGGGCGGUCACAAGUUUACGGACGCACUGGUGACUAGAUGGGCUAUCGCGUCAGGUUUCAACAGGCACCCCGGCUAUCACCUUCCCUGCCGAGCAGCAUGGAUGGAUGGAUCGCAUGGAUGGAUGGAUGGACAAGGCCGGAGCUGGUUUCAUGCCACAGCAGUUUGGCAAUACCUACCCUAAUUAAGCGAUAGACGGCUUCUAAUUGCUUGAAAUACACCUUCCUUUUCAUGGCACGACACAGCUGUUCCUCUCGUGAUUAGUUAAUCCCGGGUCUGGGUGGCCGGGGAGGAUGUAUGGAUAUAGGGUAGCAUCAAGGUUCACGACACUUUGGAUCUGCGAAUUACUUGGAGCGAGGUAGGCUACGUACGGUGUUUGAUUCU